GCCAGCCAGCAGCGCCCGCCCGCCGCCUAAGGUAUUCUGCGGCUGCCACGUGAUCGAGCCCAUCCAUCUUCGCCAACCCCUAGUAGGCACCGGUGCGAGGAGGCGAAGAGAGGAGGGAAGAUGCCGCGCGGACGCGACGAGUGCUGGGAAGAGGUCACGCGCACUCUGGACGAGACGACGGGGAAACGCCAUCCGCGCGUGACGUGCAAACAUUGCAUGACCGAAUGGACGUCGAACGAGAAAGCGCGCGUAAUUGAACAUCUGCAGCGCUGCAAUGAUUUGCCCGAGGCCCUUUGGCGCACUUACCAGCCGCACCGCCUCGAUCCGACGCUGCCCUCCGCCGCCGAGCUACAGCUACAACAGCGCGCCCGCACACGCGGCAUCGGCUCCAUGUCUCCCACCGAGCAGGACAUUGCCACUGCCGCCUGUGCCCAGUGGAUUCACGCCGCUGGCCUGGAUCCCGCCGUCACCGACCAUCCCGCCUUUCGUGCCUUUGCCCGCACGCUGCGGCCCGCCUUCAAGAUCCCCAGCAGACACCAGCUGACCCACGCCCUCGUAGAUGCGCCCUUGAUGUUCAUUGCCUAUCUGGCCGAUCCGCAGGAGCGCCACCGCCGUCCUGCCAUUCUCGACAGCAAUGAAGAGACGCAGUCCCGCUCCCUGCAGGCCUUUUUGCUCAAGUACUGCAACGGCAACAUGGCCAAGGCCUCUGUGUUGCUCGGAAUGCUGUCUUUGCUGCGCGUCAAACAGGGUCCUUUUGCCAACGACAUGGUCUGGAUGGCAAGCAACCAGAUGACGCCGAUUCAGUGGUGGCAGAACUUUUGGGUGCAGGAUCAGCCCGAUCUGGCCGAGCUAUGCAUGCUCGCGUUAGCCAUUGCACCUCUCGGCGACUCGAUUGAGCGCAACUGGUCGCCGCACAGCUUCGUGCAUGUCCUGAAGCGGAAUCAGAUUGGCGUGGAUGUGGUCAACAGGCUCGUCACGACCUUUUGGAACCUGCGAAUCAAGCACGGCUGGGUAGACGACAAUGCGAACGGCACUCACGACGGCACCGAUCAAGACGCCGAAUUUACUCCCGACCACAUGGACGGAUUCAUGCCCAUGCAAACUUAGGAUGUAGCAUCUCAUGAAACGACGAUGAUUGGAACAACAGCCCACAAACGGAGGAGGACCAGCUCUCCACAUGGCGGUGCUCCCUUGGAGCCAGGCACGGCUCCAGAGGCUGCCCCUUCAGGAAGUCCCGCCCCGUCGCAUCGUCUCGCACAGACGGACUGGAAUGUCAGUCCUGGUUCUGAUUCUGUACCUGACGCUGUCAAUUCCACUGCCAAUUCCGACACUUGUGCGCUCGAGUGGGAGUAGCGUUGUUUAGCCCAGCCGAAAGCUACUCAGACUGAGUGAGUGAGCCGAGCUCAUUGGCACCUCGAGCCGUUGGAGUGGCGACGUAGUGGCAGUGGAAUCAGCAACGGGCGGAAGAUGACAGCCUGACGUUGCAAAUAUUGUCUUGAUGGAUGACAAUCAUGACAUGGAGUGGGCUCCCGUCAGCAUUAUAAUGCUUGACCACUUGAGGUACGAUAUCAGUAUAUCUCUUGAGUCUUGGGAACGCGGGGCCGGGGGAAGAGAGUGGAUAUGGACAUGGAUGUGAAGACGGGGGGUCUUAUCGGGUGACGUCAGGUGACAUGUGUCUUUGUGUGUGUGUGUGUGCGUGUGGUGUACUAGUAUCGUAUCAGACCACAAGUUGAAGUUGGUUCCUGAUUUGGAUAUCAAUCCUAUUGACCACACCACCUGAUUCCUGAACUGGAACAACAUGUUGUUGGCUUCUGUCCUUUUUCACUUUCUGGCCACUACGCCCCUCUUUUCACGUGCUACAGGCACAUCUCGGUCAGCCCCCCGCCCCGUGAUCAUCGACACAGACCUCUACUCCGACGUGGACGAUGUCGGUGCUCUCGCCAUUGCCAACGUCCUCCACAACUGUGGCCUGUGUGAUCUUCGAGGCAUCGCAAUCAACACUCCAUCCAAAUAUGGCGCCUUAGCAGCCAGUGCAAUCAACACCUACUACAACAACCCGCACAUCCCCAUCUCCGCUCUCCAACCAUUCACCGACGAAAUCUACGUCGACGACUUUUUUUUUCUUCGAAGUGAUUACGCCUCGAAACUCGCCAUCCAUUUUCCCAAUUUCAACAAUACUCUCCAAACGGAAGAGGAUGAUAUUACUAUUCCUAGUAGUACUAGUAAUACCAACGAAACGAAAACCAACACGCUGGAAACUCCCCUGGAAAUGUAUACACGACUCUUAGAAUCUACUCCCGAACCCAACAGUAUCACGAUUAUUUCUUUGGGAUUCCUCACAAACCUCGCUACUCUCCUCACCUCCAACACCUCUUCUUCUGGGUACGAACUCGUCCAACAAAAAGUCCAAGAAAUCAUCAUCAUGGGCGGAACCUAUCCGGGCCCCGGUUGGGAAUUCAAUUUCGGAGAAUUUCCCUUGGAGACAAAAACUGUUUUGGAAAAUUUUCCUUCGAAUGUGCGAGUGACGUUUUCGGGGUUUGAACUUGGUGGGGUGGUUUUUUCGGGGAAGGGACUUAAGCAGAAAAAAUGCGAUGAGGAGGAGGAGGAUAAGGGGGGAAAAGAGAGUCCGAUUCGAGCAGCGUACGAAUGGUAUGUAGGUCGCUGUUCUACGCUUCGAGAAUCGUGGGAUCCGAUUACGACGUUGUAUGGAAUUUUGGGGUUGAAAGGACUUUUUCUUAACUCACCACUCAACGGAGGAGAUGAGUUGUUUGAAUUUGGGAAUGUGGGAGGGGGAGGAUAUAAUAAGAUUGUGGAAAGUAAUGGGACGAAUUUGUGGAUGGAUGAUGAUGGGCAGCAGCAUAAUCAACGAUGGUUGAAAUUGGCAGAGGGAGUUUCGAAUGUGACGCUGGCGGAGAUUUUGGAUGGGUUUUAUACGCAUGGUCCUGGGGGAUGUGAGUUGUUUUGAUGGGGAUGUGUGGGGAGGGGGGGUAAUAUGGUAUGGUAGACUACAUGUACCUAGUGUAGCGACCAUGACAUAUAUAGGUACUCAUGCAGUAAAAAAGGAAGACAAAG